AGCUCUUCCAUAGUUGGCUGACUUGGCUCCACUUCUUCUUCUUGGACGGUCGAGCUCAAUACAGUAGCUUCUCAGUAUUGAAAUUCAGUGUAGGUGAAUUGGGAAAGAUUUGUUAUCUUGAGGCACCAGUUUUAGUUCAUUUUUGUGCAUCUAUAACCUCCUGAGAUAGUUACUUCUUCCUCGCAAAACCUUAUCUCGAAGCCAUUUUUGAAGCAGUAGGAGUUUUGAGUCCGAUUCACACUCUCCGACCCAUCUGAGCCGCUGCAAUGGGGUUCUUUGACCUGAACAUCCCGUACUUGGAGUCCGACCGCCUUGUCAUCGAUAAGAAGUCGGCGAAGUCCAUGCGCCUCAAGCUCCUCAUCAAGGCCAUGGAGUUAGGGUACACCGGAGUAGCCUACAACCGCACGAUCAAGGGUGUCAUGUCUGAAUUGGACCGUUGCUCCAUUCCCCCUUUUCCUCUCUCCUCCAUUCUCAAGCUCUCUCCUUCCAUCUCCUCAGCUGUCAAGCUCCACCGUGACCUCCUCACCGUGCCCGUCUCAGCCCCCUUUCGUCAGUACACCCGCUUGACUGUAAUGGUUGAUAGCCCUGCGCAAGCCUCUGUUCUGAACUCUGGGAACCCAAUCACAAAGAGCUACGAUGUCGUUGCUGUCAUGCCGCUCAAUCAGAAUGCUUUUGAUCAAGCUUGCCAGAUUUCCCAGGUGGAUGUUAUUACCAUUGACUUCUCCCAGAAGAUGCUAUUUAGGUUGAAGCAACCCAUGGUCAAAGCGGCAGUCCAGCGAGGGAUCUAUUUUGAGAUCACUUACUCAAGUCUUCUUACUGAUGCUCAAGCAAGGAGGCAAAUGAUACCUAAUGCCAAGCUAUUGGUGGAUUGGACACGAGGGAGGAAUAUUAUUCUUACAAGUGCUGCUCCUUCUGUAACAGAACUCAGAGGGCCGCAUGAUGUAGUGAAUCUAUCAUCUCUGCUUGGUCUCUCCACUGAACAUGCCAAAUCAGCACUUUCCAAAAAUUGUAGAAAUCUUAUAGAAAAAGCUUCAAGGAAGAAGUCCUUCUACAAGGGUGCCAUUAAGGUUGAAGCAAUAUCUUCUGCCGAUUCGGUUGAACCCAAAUUUGAUGAUUGGCUUAAAUGGGACCCUAUCUCUAGUGGCGAUGGAGAUUUGCUACUAGAUGACAUUGAUAGAUUCUUCUCAGCCUCUGCUCCCUCCAGUAAUGUGAAGCGCGUGGAUUUUUCCUCUGCUAUUAAUGGCCUCCCUCCCCACGGUCUCCAGAUAAGAGACAUAUUAUCUUCAAGGCAGUUAACACCAGAACUUCUGAAUGCAUUUCAGAUAGAUGUGGCUAUUGCAACUUCUGAGACAUGUGGACAAGGCGACCAUAAUAAUUCCCAAGCCGGUUCUCAAAAUACAGAUGUUGGUGCACAUAACAUAUGUGAGAGCGCAAACAUAGAAACUGAUUCUAUGACACAAUCUUUGCCAACUGAUUUUCUUAUUGAUAUGGACGAUGUAGAGAAAAAAAGAGAGCAGAUGAUUUCUCAAAGAAUAUCUUCUGAUGGCAUCGAAGUGGAUGAAAUGCAAUUGGAUAGUGGAGUUUCUAAAUCUGAAGGGCAUGGUGCCGUACCAGAUAAUGCAAUAACAGUCUCUGAUUCCUCAGUGGAUGUUGAAAUAUCUGUACAAGAUGGUAAUCUCACGUCUGCUGAAGUUUCUGUUCCUUCAGAGAAUUCUGAUGCUUUAAAAAUUCCGCAUGCUGAGGAGUCCAUGAUGCCAGGUAUACUCGAUGACGGUCUUGAGCCGCAAAGUGCUGCCAUGGAUGAAAAUAUGAUUGAUACAAAGGUAGUCCUCAGUGAAAAGGAACCAUCAUCUAUGGCACUUGGUAAUGUGGGUUCACUUGAUGAUUUGGUUGAGAUAGCAGAGAUUAGGGAUAGUUCUGUUAAUUCGGUUAUUGGAUUGCCUGCGAAUAAUUCUUGUAGUAAUCCCAUGCAAGAUAAGAAUGAGUGUAAUGCUUCUGAAAAUGAAGUAAUGGAAGACGAUCGAAUCCAAAGAUCAUCUCUCUCAGAGAGGAAAGGCCGAAGUAGGAUGUUGCAUCGUCCAUUUUCGUUCCCUUUCAAACAGUUGGGGAUGCAUAGACGUCCGAAGAGGAAGGCCAAGAGGCACAUUACACCUCCCAUCUAGCUUUUAUGCAUCUGGAACUCUGCUGGGUUUACAAUAUGAUUUGAAACCCUAAAAGAUCAAACUAGUGAGAGACACAAUCAAGCUAGCUUCGUAAAUUUUGGUGGUUCUCCCAGAUGCACGCGAGCAAUCAUCAAUAUUUUAGUAUGUAGAGAUUCAAGAGUUACAACAUAUUCCGGCAGGAAAGUAACAUUUCUUUUUCUUUGACUUACAAAUUAAUUUGUUUGAUUAUAUUUAUUGCAUAUGUAAUAUAUUAACUGGUUCUAA